CGGAGAGGAGAAACUGAGAUACGCGCCUGGAGCCGCCGCUCUGCAGCUGACGAGUGCCUUCAGGCGACUUCUGACGACCUGCCAGUCGAUCCGCCACCCUCCGGGCGUCGAUCUCCUCCAUUUUCAUUCUUCUCUUCCAACGCUCUGUCUCGACCCCUCACUCAACUUCCUUCAGGACCUUGUCUUCAGAAAAUGAGUCCGCUCGUCAAUUCAGAGACAAACGUACAUGCAUGUAGAGGUGCAAACGUAGGUACCUUGUUUAUGUUCGAGAGAAACGCGGCUUCCAGCGCACUGCAAGCAUGGAGGGCAGACUGCCGUGUCUGUACAGUCGAGGAACCCUCCCCCCCCCGGAGUCCCGUAGCUCGGUCGCUUCUCUGUUCUCUCUUCCUAUCCGUUCCGUCGCGAGUUUUUUUCUCUGCACCUGCGAGUCCCCGCGAGCCGCUCCCCUUGGAGUCUGGGCUCCGGCUGGGUGGACGAAGAACGUCUUCUUUUUGCCCGUCGGUGGCACUCGCUGCGCGACGAAAGAAUAGCAUCUCGCUGUGCGACGAAAGAAUAGCGUCUCGCUGUGCUAGCCAGAAUUCGUCGCUUCUCGCAUGCACUUUGAGAUCAUGCAGACGCUGAAAAGAGGAGUGAGUUGCAAAGGAGAAGGUUCCGUUUGUCCGUCUCUGGCGACGCUGCCACCGGAUUUCAAUCUUGAAAAGAAGGUGUGACCUCCCCCGAGUUGUUUUUCUUCUGUGUUCGCGUGCUGUCUGGAGCUGCAUACAACGAGACUGCCUCUGCUCUGUUUGUACUUUGCGCUCGCCGCGAGACGUUCAAUCCCUUUUCCUCGCAUGCGGAAACGUUCAGUCUGACAGGGUUGCUGGAAGAGAGCCGUCAUUUCUGGACUCUCCUCUUCCCCCCCGCCAAAGAGUCCGUGCGUAGAGGGCCUUCUCGGC